AUGUUCUCAAGACUGAGGUAUCGCAUAUUUGGGAGACAAAAUGGAGAAGGUCCAGAGACCAGAGAGAGGCAGAAGAAAGCUGCUGUUCACUUCUGGAAAAGGCCAAAAUCCUCUAAGGAGCCAGCAUCCCAUCCAAUGCUCCUAAGGAAGAAGCAGGUAAAGAUGGAAGAGGAGAGGCUGACCACAGAGCUGCAACUGAUGACCAGUGAAAGAAAUGACCUGAAAGACCAGCUGAUGAUCCUCACAGAAGGCACCGUGGGCAAUUGUCCCUACAAGAACCAAAAGCCAAAUGCUUUGUUUGAGAAGGUAAAGUUGGAUCACAAACAGAUCAUGAUGGAGCUAAACAAUUUCGAGAAAGAGAACACUGAGACCUGCGAUAAUUUCAUGGAGCUGAGGAAGGAAACAGUCUUCUAUCGGGAUCUGCACAGCCGACUACUGAUGGAAAGGACUCAGCUAAAGAAGAAGGUGGAUGAGCUGAGGCAGGAGGAAAGGAAACUGCAGAAUGAUUGGACCGUGCUGAAGUACCACCUGGAGGAUUUGAAAUUGAUCCAUAAUGAUCAAGAAGAAGAGAUCAGCUACCUCAAAAUCCAGCAACAACAGGAGCUCAAAAGAUUGGAAGAAAGCUUUCAGUUCCUGCAGAAGCAGAGGGAAAUGGUCAUGCAGGAAAAGCACUUGGUCCAAAAGCUGUGGCAUCACUUUCAGGUCUUUCAGAUGAGGUCUAAAACUCUGCAGACUCAUCUGGAACAGGCCACAGUCCAGGAUGAGAGCCACCUGCAGAAGGAACUCCAGCAAGAACUACGUACUGAAUCACAUCCCCAGAAAUACUGA